CACUGUUUUAUAAGGUAAAGUAAAAGUAAACAAUUGGGCUGGUCUUCGAGAAAAUGGCUGCCGUUUUUCCCGCCAUACGCCAGUAGCGGUCGCAGUCACUUAUAAGGAAUAACAAUUUCCCUCUGAACUAAUAAUAACCCGGUCACCAGCGGCUAAAUAUAUCCAAAAUAUGAGUGGCCUUGGCUUGACCCUCCGCGGGCUCCUCCCCCUCCUGGGGCGUUAUUCCUCACAGCGAGCAGCAGCCCCCGUUCUGCACGUAGCCCGCGGUGUCCCGUUCACCAGUUACUGGGCGACCGCUGACCGCUUCACCACCGGCCUCCUGACCUCCUCCACCCGCGCUAUGUCUGGGAAGAUUGACCUGUACUCUCCCUCCACCAGCUGGAAAGAGGCUAAAACUUUUCUGAAGGGUCUCAACAACAAGCAGAGGCGUGAACAUUACUCUGUGAAAGAUUUUAUCAAGCUGAAGGAGAUUCCAGCAUGGAAAGACACUGCAAAAAAGGCUCAAGCCAAACAGCCUGAAGAGGUCAAGUUCCCAAAGAGCAAAGAUCUGAAUGAGAAGAUUUCUCUUGUCAGAGGGGACAUCACUAAACUAGAGGUAGAUGCCAUUGUUAAUGCAGAGUUUAAGUCCAUCACUUGGCUAUCUGUCCUUGUAUAUGUCAGAAAAAUCCAUCAGACAGCUAUGUGCCUUACAUUAGCAAGGAGGGGUUAUAAACAACAGACAUGAGUGUGGAGAGUUGGAACAGCGUUCAUGGAGACUUCAGUUGGAGGAGUGGUGGUGUACAUGUUCAGGCAAGCCUAGCUGACGUCACUGUACCGACACUUUACUGUCACUCAGGCACCAGUUUCCUUCCCUGCAUUUAGACCAGUGAAGAGGAAGCGCUGUA